CACCGUCGAAUCGUCGAAUCUCACCAUCGAGCUACACAAUUCAUCCAUCGAGCUUCACUCUUUCUUUCUAAGAGGCAGAGAGCAUCUAUAAGGAUGGAUAAGAGCUGGUUACAUGAGAAGAGAUCUUCAAUAAGGUACUUGUAUGGCUUGCAUAAUUUUCUCGAUUUUGCAUUUCGUACUGUAGCUGAAGGGAAUGAAAUAUUGUGUCCAUGUAAGAACUGUAAGAAUUGUAGUUGGGGUAAUCGAGAGGAUGUGUUUGAGCAUUUGUUUUGUGACGGAUUUGAUGCAAGUUAUAAGAAAUGGAUUUUUCAUGGAGAGGGACUAUCUUCAAGAAAACCCUAUGAUAAAAACCAUGAAAAAUAUAACUUGCACGAUGACUUGGAUGGGCUCUUAGAGGAUACUUUUAUUGAAAAGCAAUUUAGUAACGGUGAGUUUGAUGAUAUCUAUGAUGACGAUAGUGAAGAUCUUGAUGAGGACGCAACUAGGUUUUACAAAUUAGUACAUGAUGCGCAACAAGAAGUAUAUCCUGGUUGUAAAAAUUUCACUAAGUUAUCGAUCAUUGUUCGUUUGUUGCACAUUAAGAAUCUUUAUGGUUGGAGCAACUUGUCAUUUAAUAUGUUGCUACAACUAUUAAUUGAAUUGCUUCUUGAAAACUCUUGUUUACCAUCAACUUUCCAAGAUUGCAAGUAUAUCAUUAAGGACUUAGGUUUUAGUUAUGAGAAAAUUCAUGCUUGUCCUAAUGAUUGUAUCCUAUAUCGGAAGGAAUACGAGAAUGAAGAUACAUGUCCUAAGUGUGGUCUUUCUAGAUACAAAAAACGUGAGGUUCCAAAAUCUAACAGAAAAGUACCUUGCAAGGUAACUUCACCUCCCAUUCCAGCUAAAGUUUUGAGAUAUUUUCCUUUAAAACCAAGAAUCAAGAAGUUGUUUAUGUCUUCAAAAACUGCUCAUUUAAUGAAAUGGCAUCAUGAAGGUCGGACUAAAGAUGGAAAACUAAGGCAUCCAGCAGAUUCUAUUGCCUGGAAAACAUUUGACUCUCUACAUACGAAUUUUGCAUCUGAUCCUCGAAAUGUAAGGCUUGGGUUAGCGAGUGAUGGAUUUAAUCCUUACAAAACUAUGGGCAGCAAAUAUAAUAUUUGGCCGGUAGUUUUAAUGAAUUAUAACUUGGCUCCAUGGGAGUGUAUGAAACAACCUUACUUGAUGCUAUCUUUACUUAUUCCCGGUCCUUCUUCCCCGAAGAGAAAUAUUGAUGUCUAUUUGGAACCUCUAAUUGAUGAGUUAAAAGAGUUAUGGGAGAGAGGGUUUGAAGUUUAUGAUGCUUCUAGCAAACAAUUAUUUGAAGCACACGCGGCAUUACUUUGGACUAUAAGUGACUUGCCUGCGUAUACUAUGGGGCGUCACAAUCUUGAUGUGAUGCAUAUAGAAAAGAAUAUAUGUGAAAUUGUAGUUGGAACGCUAUUGAAUAUAGAGGGAAAAUCAAAGGAGCAUCUCAAAGCUCGCCUUGAUUUGGUGAAGAUGGGAAUAAGAAAAGAAAUUCAUCCUAUAAACAUAGGGCCAAAUAAGAUAUUACUGCCACCUUCACAAUUUACAAUUUCAUCAAAAGAAAAAGAUAUAUUUUGUGGUGUUUUAACUCAGAUACACCAAUGUUACCCGAAAAUAGCAAUUCCGACCCUGUUUAGCAUUCCAAAGACAAAUGAUGUGCAAGCUGAUGCACGUUCUUUUGUUGAGAUCAAAGAAGGAAAAGAAGAAAAUACUCAUAAAAAGCUACGUGAGAAAGAAAUUCAACCUGUGGACAACCUCGCUGAAGUGAAACCGAAGAAACACACACAGAAGCCUAGGGGCCUAUGUCCAAGUGGCUCAAAGCCUGAAGUCCUUGAAGUGCAACAGGAGAAACCACGCAUCAUAGGAAAUAAGCGUAAGGUCUCAUGGGGCUCCAUGUUUGAAGUGUUUGGUGACCAAGAGAAAAUUGCCUCCAGCCCUCAUCUAGCACCAAAAUCAGUUGACCAAGAGGAAGUCGUUGAUCAGUAUAUACAAAAGAGCAAGUCAAAAGAACACCAGGCCAAAAAAAUCAAAGUUGAGAAGGAUCAUGAUAUGCUUGAGAAUCCGCCGAGUUCUUUUUCUCUCUUAUGGGAUAAGUUUGGCAAAAAUUUUAAAGAAGUAGAUCGAAAUUCUGGUGUUAAUAAAAUGGCUAUUAAAGCAUGGAACUCCAUGAGUAAUGAAGAUAAACAACAUUAUUUGGAUAAAGCAGCUAAGCGCAAGGCAAAACAUGAGAAACUUAAGAAAAAAGGCUGACUAGAAUUGAAUUGUUAUUCAUGUGACGCCUUAAGAUUAGUGGCCACUAUGAAGACAUCCUCCACUGAAUCUAUGAUAGCCACCAAAUUCUGCAAUCUUGCAGGCAGAACAUUAUGAAGAUGAUUGCGGAUAAGCAACGGCACAAGACAAAGGAGAUUAAAGAGAAGGCUUGCAUUUCUCAUGUGCAGCUUGAUGACCUUAAAGAGAAGGGGAAAUUGUGUUGGAUGAAAACUUAAUUGUAAUCAUUUUUGUAUGUAAUUCAAAUUGUGUUGUAUAGUUUAAAUUGUGUUGCAUAGUUUAUUUUCGUCAUGCAAGAAUAAGAACAGAGAAGAGGGGAACUUUUAUAGAGUAUGUAAUUCAAACUAGUUAUUAAAACUUGUAUCUAAUAUUGGUUAAUUCAAAUA